AUGCGCAUUGCACUUGCUAUAGCUUUUAAUGGAGAAACAUCGUUAAUGCCAGGGUUGAGAGGGCUAUCUUCUGACGACGAUUCAAUGCCGAAAUAUGCGCGACAACAGGCAAUUAUAAUGGAGGAAUACUUGAAGUGAAAAUGAUGAUGUUCUGUAAUUCUCCAUAAUGAAGUCCGGGUGAGGGUUUGUGAGCUAAUCAAAAUUGGACCUAAGCAAUAACAGGAAUCAUGGUGACUAAGAAAAUCCGUACGGAGUACAUGAAGAAAUUCAAAGAGCCGAAAUGGGAGACGUUUUCCAAGUGCUACGAGGACUCAGUGAAGUACAGGUUGACUAGGCGGGUGAUGGAGCACGCUCACAAACCUCUGUGGUUCUGGGAGGGGUGGGAUACCUCGACCGGGUCAGACUCCAGCGCCAGUGGGCGGUCGACCCCCAAGAUAAGGAAUAAAGUUGCGCCUUUAGACAUCAAACGUCUGACACCACCAGUGAAGUCAGAAUCAAGGGAGAGCCUGGAACCGAAUCCUCCUUCUGUGAAUGGGGAACCAGAAUUGGAGGCCAAGGAGUUUACACUUUUGGAUGCACUACCACCCACAGAGUCUGUAAUAGAGAACGGGGGCCUAAACGAACCAGAUGAGGGGACAGUUAACGGGUCAGUAGUACAAAAUGGUCCAGUGGCUGAAACGCCAAUAGAUGAGGGACCAGCAGACAAGGCGUCAUCAGACGAGGAGCCGGUGAAGACUGAGCCUAAGCGUCGCCACCGCCAUCGUGUCCCUCGCUCAGAACCAUGUCAAAGGGACUAUUCCUGUGACGACAUCAAGCCUGCGCCCGUCAGGAAGCCCUCCAGAGCAAAAAGCCAGCCACCAGCCAUCACCACAGAGAAGGAGAACAGACAACCUUCGUCCCGGCUCGAAGGGGCAGAGAGACACGCGUCAUCUGCUAGGAAGUCUACAAAUCAGAGUCGCACAUCUGACGCAUGCGUCCAGACCAGACGGGAGUCGGAUAAACGCUGUUGGAACGUGGACCGCAGGAGGGCACGGUCCGCCGACCUGGAGAAGAUACGGCGGUCGGAGUUGGCCGUGGUGGAUGACCGUUGGAUGACCGAGUACAUGCGCUGCUUCUCUGCCCGGUUGAGGUAGAGCACAAGGAUCAUGGGUAUUCUUCUGCCACCAUCGACCAUUCUAUUUUUAACACCAUGUUUCUUAUUGAGGAUUGGUUAACAGAACAAAAUAAUUGGAUUGGUUUAGACACCAAUUAGGGCCCUGAGGUUUUCCUGGCCACAUAACCUGACAAGGAAGAACUCAGGGCCCUAAUCAUAAGGUAUGGUUGAUUUGUUAAGUUGAUCGCUGUGUUGGCGAUAUGCCACUUUUCUUCCACAAGGGAUGACACAAUCAUAGUAGAAUAUUGCAAGAUAUGUAGUUAUGCUUCUAGAAAUUGGACUGGUUUGUACAUGCUGCUGACUACAGAGUAUGAUUUGUUAUAUUAUUAUACAUUCCAAGCAUGGUGAUGGUCUUUACACUUCGCUUUAGUUUGGUGGAAUUUUUGACAUUCUGUGUUGCUUAUGUCAUUUCAGGCUAUAUCACAAAGGCAGCUGCAUAAAAUCCAAAAGUUAGAUCAGGGGUAUUCAACUGGGAGUACUGCAGGGGGUCCGCAAUAAUAUAUAUACAAAAAGCUACAGAUGAAAAGAGGAGAAUAUUUUUAUUUUCGUAUUCCUAAUAUUGAGCUAAUUACACUCAUUAGAGCUAAAUACACUCAUUAGAGCUAGUUACACUCAUUAGAGCUAAAUACACUCCUUAGAGCUAGUUACACUCAUUAGAGCUAAAUACACUCAUUAGAGCUAAAUACACUCAUUAGAGCUAAAUACACUCAUUAGAGCUAGUUACACUCAUUAGAGCUAGUUACACUCAUUAGAGCUAGUUACAGUCACUAUAGCUAAAUACACUCAUUAGAGCUAAAUACACUCCUUAGAGCUAGUUACACUCCUUAGAGCUAGUUACACUCCUUAGAGCUAGUUACACUCCUUAGAGCUAGUUACACUCCUUAGAGCUAGUUACACUCCUUAGAGCUAGUUACACUCCUUACAGCUAGUUACACUCCUUACAGCUAGUUACACUCAUUAGAGCUAGUUACACUCAUUAGAGCUAGUUACACUCAUUAGAGCUAGUUACUAUAUCUAAAUACACUCAUUAGAGCUAAAUACAGUCAUUAGAGCUAAAUACAGUCACUAGAGUAUCUGACAUACUGUAGGCUUUGACAAAGCACCCUCUGGUAAGCUUUCUUGUCUUAGACACUCGUUUUUGUGAACACAUGGCCCCAAAAGAUUUUUGAAGUUGCUUUUCUAGCUAAUAGGCUAUGUUAGAGUUUACACUUCCUCUUCCAAUUAUAAUAGGGGAGGUCAAAAUAAUGAAAAACGAUCUACCAAAUCUAUUCAUUUAAAAAUGUUGAUUAAUUCUCCUUGCCAUUCGCCUGAUGAUAAGACAAGGCAUGCGAGGGGAAAAAAGCAAGCGUAUGAUGUGGGUCCCUGGUUUACCUGGGCGGGGGUCCCUGGUUUACCUGGGCGGGGGUCCCUGGGGAAGAAUUUUUUUAUUUUAUUUAACUAGGCAAGUCAGUUAAGAACAAAUUGUUAUUUACAAUGAUGGCCUAUCCUGGCCAAACCCGGACAACGCUGGGCCAAUUGUGCGCCGCCCUAUGGGACUCGCAGUCACGGCCGGAUGUGAUACAGCCUGGAUUCGAACCAGGGACUAGUGACGCCUCUUGCACUGAGAUGCAGUGCCUUAGACUGCUGCGCCACUCGGGAGCAAGGUUGAAGACCCCUGAGCUAGAUAAAAGGACCAAACAAUUAUUGUUUUAGAUAUUACAGUAUUUUCGAAUGACUAAAAGCCAUAGUCAAGGGGUUGUGGCAUUGAGCUGCAGAGAAAGAAACUGUUAGCGGGCUAAUAUCCUGCAUUAGCUUUAUUGUAUUAGGUUGCAAAUUUCAAUCUAAAUCUAGAAUGCAUUCCAGAGGAUUGUAUUAUUAAUAUUUUCAUUAAAGCUCUUAUCAACGGUACCAUGGAAAUUGUUGUAAAGUUGGAGAAAGAUACUGUUAGACAUUGUAUGACAUAGUUAUUGCGCUUACACCUGUAUGUUUCUUGUUUACAUCUUGGCUAGCCUCGUACGAACCAUCCUGAUCUCGCGAGCUCACAUUCUGUUUCGCUACAAGGACACAGAAUGUGAGCUCGCGAGAUCAGGAUGGUUCGUACGAGGCUACAUCUUGGCAGCUUCGCACACUAAUUUAGGGUUGUCUUAUAUUUUACAAUCACAAACACUCACCGCCUCACGUGUUGUAGUAGACAGGCUGAAAUUGCAAUGUAACGUGGUAAAGAAAUGCCCUUAUGUGCUAAAUACACUUUUUAGAGUAUGUCACUCACAAUCACCAUUGUCUUUGACAGGUUUUCGUAGAUUGACUUAUUUGGUGGUUAUUCAUACUGAAUUGUGAUGUCAGUACCAAGUUCUGUAUCUGUAAUUUAAAUGGAGGGCUAUUUUGACAGAAAUGAAGUGUUGUAUUUGAAGUCUUGGUUCUUGUGGGUUGUGAAUAAUGCUCAGUUUACAUACUUUUCCUAUUUUUUUUACAACGCUUAUUCAUAGUGCUAUUCACUCAGAAUGUUUUUACUCAUAAUGUGUACUUUUACAUUUCACUUUCACCAAAUUUUAGUUUAGGAAUGGUUCCUUGAGAGAACGUUGGAACGACGUUUCCAGAACGUCUCACCGGGAACCUUGUAGGACACCAGCAGUUUUUUGGAGUGUUGAAAUGGGUGUGGCUUUAAUUGACUUAUGCGUGUACAAUCUGAUGAGACUUCCCUUGUGUCUGCCAGAGGGGAGUCUUUAGUGUGUGUGAUUGGUUGUAUGGGCAGAGAGAGAGCUCACUGUUAAGAAGAUUAGACUCAACGUUCCAUUGGUGGUCAUGUGACACUUCCCUCCUAUGUCAUCAUGGAUUGGCAAAACAUCCGAGUCAUUCUUUACUUGAACAUUGCAUUAUUUAUAAGAAGUUAUAGGAGUUAAUGUCAGGUUAUGACCUAGUCAUGAAAACUGAAGAGCUGGCUGCUUAUAUCACAGACAGGUUUGACUAGUGUCUGUGUAUUCAUUGUCCUCUAAAACAUUCCUUUAUGAAUAUGUUCAUUCCAAGAACCAUCUCUCAGGAAGGAAUAAGAGACACUAAUGAUUUGUCUAUAGGCUUACUGUAACUACAAUGUGAGGAAAUGUGAUGUACUGUUUCAGGGGUUUGGAACACACUGAUUCAAAACUAAAUUGAUUGUUUUAUAUAGGAUAUUAAUUGUUUGAGCUCUCUGAACAAAGCUUUGAGUUAUUUUUCUGUGUGGAUUUGAUUUGCAUAAGAUAUUAUUUGACCAAAAGGGAUAUAUGUAUCAUACAAUAGUAUAUAUAACCAUGUUUGUGUUUUAUUUCAACAGAUGUUUACAUUUUUGAUCACUGUAUUUGUAUUUGAAAACAUACACAAUGAAAAAUAUUUUCAUCCACUUUGCAACAUUGCUGUGAAUUAAAAUCAUAUUUGCAUAGUU